GCCAUCAUGCAGGCAAGAGGGGCCCUUGGCCAGAUUAUUGGGCUCUUGGACAGACUAGCAGCGACCACCAGGCUUGACAGCAGUGGCGGCGGCGAAAGGCAAAGAUGCGACAGCGACCAAAAGCACGGCUGCAGCGCAGCGGACGCCAGGCGCCUGGGCGUCGCUGGCUGCAUGAGCCUGCUGCGUCGCGCGGCGACGUCCGCGGGGCUCUCACCUAUCAUGGCCGGCCGCACGCAGCUGGUGCCGCUGCUCCUGUCCAUGGCAGCGGCCCGUGACGCCAACGCUGCCGCCGCUGCCGGCAGCCCUGGCGGCGCCCGCAGUAGCACAGUCAGCGACGAUGCAGCAGCGGGCGAGUUAGGAGAAGUGGCUGAGCUCCUGCUGGCAUUGGUCUGCGGCCUUGGGCCCACGGCAGUGGCACAGUCCGUGCUGGCGCAGCAGCAGCUCGUGCCGGCGCUGGCGGCAAUGCUGCUGCCGCUGUCGCAGCGGGUAGGGGGUGCGGCGAUGCAGUGGCAGUUGGGCAGGAUGACCACAGGGGCUACGAGCAGGGUCAGCGGCGACCCGGGGCCGGGGGCAGCAGCUGACAAGCUGUCUGCGUGCCCACCGCAGCUGCGCCUGGUGUUGGCGCUGGCGGCCCACGCUGCGUUCGGCGCCGCGGUGGCGCGGUCGCCGGCGGCGCAGCAGCUGUUGCACGCGCUGUUAUCAGUGUUGGAAACCCCUGCGCUGGACAGCCAGGCGCCGGCUGCGGGUCCUAUGCGGGCGGCGGCUGCGGCUGACGGAACCAGCGGCAGCGCUGAGCGGUGGCUGACCUCAUGGCACGCGGCCCUCAGCGUUUUGGAGGGCUUGGUUUCAGGGGACCGCUGCCUGGCAUUACUCGCCGCUGGUGGGGCCGGCGCCUCGCAAAUCAGUCGUGGCAGCGGCUUCGACGGCACGAGCGGCAACGUAAGCCCCGCCGAGACACUCUUAGCCUGCGCCGCCCGGCUGGCGGUUCUGGCGCGGCAGGGCUCGGCGGCUGGCCCUGGCCUUGAGCGGAUGGCGUCGCUUCAAGUGUCCACACCAACAAAGGCGAACGGCCUGCAGCAGCGCGUGGCGCACCUGAUGCCCGUGAGCGAGGGAGGCGAGCGGGCCGCGGCUUCUGAGCAGUGCGCGACAGCUCUGGUGGCUCUGCUGGCGUGUGUCCACGCCUUGGCAGCAGUCUGCGCUGUCAGCAUUGACGCGUGCAGCGCACUGGACCAUGGUAGCGCCGCGGCGCUUGAGGUGCUGAGCAGCUGCCUGGAAGCUGCCAGCGCAGCAGCCAACGAUCCGUUGCAGCAGGAGCGCACGGGUCUCGUGACGGGGCUGCCGCCCGGCAAGGCGCCGGCCGCCCUGUCGCCCGGCGUGGCAGGGGCCGACAGCCAACAGCAGCAGCCGCAGGGGCAACAGCAGCAGCUGCACCACCAGCAGCAGCAGCCGCCGCUCUCGCCGGAGAGCAGCACCGCUUCCAUGGCCUCCAUCAUCAUGACUCAGCUGGGCAAGGGCACCCUGUGGGGUGCACCCGCGCGGCCGGCCAGGCAGCGGGAUCACGGCACAAAUGGCGGCGGCGCAGCGCCGCACCAUUCGCUGGACAACAUUGCAGAGUGGCCUGCCCCGGGUCGCGACAGCUCAGAGGGCCACGCAGUGGCGGCGGCGGCGGCGGCGGCGGCGGCGGCGGCGGCGGCGGCGGCGGCAGGGGUCGGCGGGCAGGGGCCGGGCCGGGUAGAGCUGGUGCUGCGGAUGGCGAUCGGUGGCAUGGGUGAGGAUGGCGCCGCGAUCGCCGCGGACGGCGCCCACGCGCCGCCUGCGCCGGCCGUCCGCCACGCAGCCUCCUGUGUGGUCCACACCCUCUUCAGCGCCGGCAGAGAGGCUGCCCUGGCCGCGCUGGAGCUGCAGCCGGCGCUUGUCGACAGCCUUAUAUCAAUGCUGGACUUGGAAGCACCCCUGAGGGCCGUCAACAGCCCUGGGUCCCUCGGAACCUCGGACGGCAACGACGCCGAGGCGGUCGCGGCCGCGACGGCCGCGGCGGCGGGCCGCGCGUCCGAGGAGCGCCAGCGGCGGCUGGCGGCCGCGGCGCAGGGCGCGGCGGUCGCGCUGGACUGCCUGCUGGGCCUGGCGCAGCAGCGGCUGCUGCCGCGGCAGGUGCUGCUGGCCAGGGCCCCAGCCUUAGCGCGCCCACCCGGGUGCGGCGGCAACGAGGAAUCUUCCCAGCAAGCGGGAGAGCCCCGUCUGGCGCGGCUGCUGCGGCAUUUUGACCUGGUGUUGGAGGAUGACACAAACUCCCAGAUACAGGCCAUGCUGCACGCCACCCGCAUGGCUGCAGCUGCAGCCGCCGCCGCGCGCGGCGGCGGCACGGGCACGAUCCACAAGCUUACGGCCGCAGGGGCGGCGGCGGGGCCGUGUGGGGACUCACUGGAGUGCGAGAGGCGCGCGGCUGCUAUCAGCUACGAGAGCGCCGUCGGCGGGGCGAGCAUUGACGGCGGGCAGCAGCCCCACCACCAGCAGCCAGCCCAGCAGGAGCGCUCGCUCCGAUCGACGGCGAAGGCUCGGCAGCAGGGCGCGGCGGGGUGGCGCGAAGCUGCCGGGCAGCUGGCGGUGUAUGCUGCCGACUUUCGGCUGUCGGCGGUCGAGCUCAUCGCCCUUUGCUGUGAGGCCAUGGCGAGCCGUGCUGACGGCCUGCCCGUCUUCGCUGCGACGGCACCCCUGCGGCCCGCGGCCGCGCUUGGAACGGCUGCGGCGAGCGGGGCCCUGCGGCUGCCGAGGCUCGAGGGCGUGAAGAGGGGCUUGGAGGCGCUGCUGGCAGAGCAGGAGUCCUUCAAGCGAGGGGUGGCCAUCCAGGCAAUCUGGGCCCUCGCGUGCGUCCCCGGCGGCGCCGACGCCCUUGGAGAGCCCCCCGCGUCCCUGCUCAAAGCGCUCUUAGCCACCGCGCGCUCGGCCGCCCUUCCCGCCCCCGGCGCCGUGCCGCAAGGGGCCUGGCACGCGCCCCCGCCCCCCGGCUCGCCGCCUGCCGCCGGCGCCCCGCUCGCGGCGGGCGCGGCAGCAGGCGGUGGCGGCGGCGGCCCUGCCUCGGGGCCGGACGUGGCAGUCAGCCUGCACGCGGUGGGCGCGCUGGCGGCCGUGGCGCAGCACUGCGGCGAGGCGCGGCGCGCGGCGGUCGGGUCGCUGGACGGGAUGUGCGGCGGCCUGGUUGAGGUGGCGCUCAACUCGGCGGAUGCUUUGAGGGCCGUCCAGGCGGCGCCGCCGUCGAGCAGCACUGAGCCCCUGGAGCCCCUGCUUUUUGAGGCCCACCACACUGCGCUCUUCUGGUCACUCUCCGCCGCCGCCGCCCUCUCCACCUCGGCCCCCGUCGCCGCCCGCCUCGCCAGCACGCGCGGCCUGCCGGCGGCGCUCGCCGCCGCGCUGCGCUGCGGCGGGGACGCGGCGCUGGCCGGCGCGGCGGCGGCGGUGGUGGGCAACCUGGCGGCGCACAGGGCGAGCCAGGCUGUAAUCGCCGGCGCGCGGGGGCUGGGGCGGGAGGUCGUGAGGGCCGCCAGGGAGGCGAGGGACGUCCAAGCGAUGGCCGCGGCCCUUGGCGCCAUCCGCAACCUUGCGGCGUGCGAUGCGGGGCGGCUCGAGCUUGCUGGAGACCCGGCCACUGUCCCUCUGCUUUUGAAGCUUCUCUACCCCCAGCAGCAGCUUCCCGCUCUGCUGUCCCAAGCCCGGCGGCCGCCGUCGGCCGCGGCGCUCGGGCGCCGGGCGCCGGAGGCCCCGGGGGAUGGCGCGUGCGCGGGCGGGGCGGCGGCCGCGGGGAUGGCGGAGGUUGCGGCUGCGGCGGGCCACCUGCAGAUGUGCGCGGCGUCGGCGCUGGCGAACCUGUCGUCUUCCCGGGUGGGCGUCGAGGCGAUGAUACUGGAGCAGGCGACGCUCCUGCCCGCCCUAAAACAGCAGCUAAUCGCCGCGGCGGCGGUUGCCGACCCUGGCCCGGCCGCUGAGGCUGCGGCGCCGCUGCGUGCGUGCGUGCUGGUGUGGGCCGCGAACGCCGCGGCGCACCCGGUGCUUGCGCGCGCGCUCGCGGGGAGCGGCGAAGCGGUGGGCGCGCUCGCGGGGGCGGUGCUUUCUGUGCCCGUGCCGCCGGCGCUAGCGGCGUCGCGGGCGCAGAGCGCGCCGCCGAGCGCGCGGCGGCGCGGCGGGGCCGGCGAGGGCGCGGGCGCGGAGGACAUGGGCGUGGGCACGGGCGCCGAGCCGCUAAUGAGCGAUGAAGCGGCUGCGGCAGCCACGGACGGCGUGGGGUGCGACGACGACGGCGACGUCGGCGGUGACGACCGCGGCGACGGCGCGGGUCAAGACCCGGGGAAGGUGACGGGCGCUGCCCUGGAGGCAAUGGCGGCUGUGGCCGCGCUGAGCUGCUGGCAGUCGCUUUUGAGCCGGUGCCCCGACCGCCUCGCCGCCGGGCUGCGCGGCACAUGCGGCGGCGGCAGCGGCGGCGGCGCGGGCGGCGCCAAGCUGGCGCCGGCCGCAAUGGUGGGGUUGGCGGGGUCGGCAGUCAUGCAGUCGGUGGUGGCGCACGCCGCGGCGCUGCUGGGCUGGGUUGAUGCGGCGGUCGGUAUCGCAGCCCCAGGGUUUGCAACAAGCGGCGAUGGGGACGGGAAAGUCGGCGCCGCUCGCGGCGGCGCGGAGGCAGUUUUGCUGGCGUCUUCGGCGCUUGACGUCUCUGCAGCCGCCGCGGGGCUCAUCUCAUUGGCUGCGGUGAACGGCCUGGACGACUGCCUGGCGGAAGCUAGGGCGCAGCUGCUCGGCUGGAUGGCAAAGCUGCUGCUGCUCCCCAGCAUGCCCGGCGCGGCGCCGCUCGUCGGCACCGCGGCCGCCGACGCAGCCGCCGGCCAGGCGGCCUGCCUGCUCUGGGUCCUCACGACGCACCCGCGCGGCGGCGCGGCGUGGGCGGCGGCAGCGGCGGAGGACCCGGCGCUGCCGCGGGUGCUUCUGAUGCUGACGUCAUCGCUGUCUGGCCGCGGCUGCGGCAGCAAGGCGCGCUACUCGCCGGCGCGCCUGCUCGCAGCGCUCACGCUCGGCCAGCUGGCAGUGCAGCAGCUGCUGCCGGCGCAGCUGCUGCCGGCGGUGCUCGGCGCCGAUGGCGGUGUCGUCGGCGCGCUCGUCGACGCGACAGCUUACGCACUUCAGCCGCAGCGCAAGGGCGGCGCCGGCGGGAUCGGCGGCGGCGGCAACGGCGGCGGUGGCGGGGCUAAGCAGCAGGAGCCGCCGCGGCAGCCGGGCACGCCGCCCGCGGGCGGGCGUGGCCGGGGGAUCGGGCAUCCUAUGGGGCCCGCGCUCGCGCCGAUGGCAGCGCGCGCGGGCGGCGUUGGCACUAAGCCGAGCGCAAGCGGCGGCAAGGGCCCCAGCCCAGGGCCGCACACGGGAGCCCCGGGCGCUUUGCCGCCGCCGCAGCAGCACCAGCAGCAGCAGCAGGCGGCAGAGCCGCCCGGCGACGGCGGUGGGAGGGAAGCGGGUGGCGGCGGUGAAGGCGGCGCGAGGGAUGCGUUGGACGCGCUGCGGCAGUCUGCCAUGGCGCGUGUCGGGGUUGAGGGGGAGCUGCAAAUUGUGGUUGGCGCCCAGGCGGCCGGCGCCCUCGCGCACCUCGCCGCGUGCCCCGGCGGCGGCGCCGCGCUCGGCGCCGCGCCGGGGCUCGUGCCGGCGCUCGCGCGGCUGCUGGGGUCGCAGAUGGGGGAGGUGCAGCUGGCCGGCGCGAUGGCGCUGGCGGCGCUGGCAGGCUGCGGGGAGGAGGGCGGCGCGGCGCUGACGAGGGAGGGGGGCGGGCGGCUGGCUGACAGGGUGGCGAGGCUCUUGGAGGAGUGCGGGCACCCGCAGGUUGGCGGUUUUUUGCGAUGA